AUGCUCAAGCGCGACGGUUUUGUGCUUGUUGUCUUCCUGAUUUCGUCGAGUCGCAGCCAGGAUGACACCUUCAGCUUUCCCAGUGACGAUUCAGGACAGAAUCUGAAUCUAAAUAGAAACAGUAAUGAUUUAGGAGCAAUGAAUUUCGAGGAGAGGCAAGCUCCCUUUCCCACAAUUGGUCCUACUUUUCCACCGGGAGGACAACUUCCGCCUGGAGGCCAGUUUCCGCCUGGAGGUCAGCUUCCGCCUGGAGGACAGUUGCCACCUGGCGGAGUUCCACCAGGCGGUCAAAUUCCUACUAUUGGUCCCACUCUUCGUCCUAUUGGUCCAAUUCCACCUGGCGGCCAGCCUCUGCCUGGAGGACAACCUACGUUCCCAACUCUGCCCAAUUUCCCGCAAACCCCCUUCCCCACGCUCCCUCAAACCCAGUUCCCGAACAAUCCUUUCCCGCCAACGGGAGCGAGGACAUGCACUUGCGUGCCGCUCGGCCAAUGUCGUUCUACUGGCAACGUGGAUGGCUCUGGAAUAAUCGACAUAAGAAUCGUCACGAACACCGGAGGCGGAGGAGGCGGUGUCCUGCCCAAUGGGGGCUCAGAUAUCGUGACCAACAUCGUUUCGCCCACAAGCUGUGCUCCUGGACUUCAGCUAUGUUGCGAUGCUGGGCCCUAUCAGUGUGGAAUUAGAUAUCCUCCAGUGGCUGGAAGUCCUCCUGCGGGACCUGGCCAAGCUCCCUAUGGCGCUUAUCCGUGGCAAGCGGUGCUCUUAUCACCAGGAAAUGUGUAUGCUGGAUCAGGCGUGUUAAUCAACGAACGCCAUAUCCUCACAGUCGCUCAUAAAGUCGUCAGUUUGAUUGAAGUGAGGCUUGGCGAAUGGGACGCCGCUUCGACGAGAGAACCUUUCCCUGUGCAGGAAUACAGAGUGGCUCAAGUGAUCGUCCAUCCGGGAUUCUCGCCCAGUAAUUUGAGGAAUGAUGUGGCCAUUCUGAGACUAACCGCACCGGUUAAUAUGGGAAUUUCGCCGGCUGUGACAACAGGAUGUUUAACGAGGACGUCUUUCGAUGGAAUGCGAUGCUGGGUGUCUGGAUGGGGACGAAGUGACUUCAUAGGAGGAACUUAUCAAGCAAUCCAAAAGCAGGUGGAUGUGCCUGUUGUGCCGAAUGCCCAGUGUCAGGCUCAAUUGCGCGCCACACGUCUGGGGCCCACCUUCGUUCUGGACCCCACGAGCUUCACGUGUGCCGGAGGAGAGCCUGGCAAGGACGCCUGCACAGGAGACGGAGGCUCUCCGCUGAUGUGCGAAAGAGGUGGAAGAUGGUUCAUCGCUGGAUUGGUGGCUUGGGGCAUCGGCUGUGCAACUGGAGGAGUGCCGGGAGUAUAUGUGGACGUGAUGAACUACAUCCCUUGGAUUCAAUCCGUCGCGAGAUGAGGAUCGGGCGUUGUGUAACAAGAUUUAUUGUAAAUGU